CUCCUCUCAUCUCUAAAAAAAGCCACAAAAGUUGUCAUCCAUUUCUCAAGUCUUCCCAAUGUCAAUGUCACUUCCAAAAGCCAAAGGGAAUCUAAUCUAAUCUACCCUUCUUAAUUUCUAGUUUUCUACCGAAAUCUCCCCACACUAUAUAUCAAAUAAAGGAACACAAGCCUAGUAAUUAUAAGCUAACAAAGAGUAAGUCCACUACCAUGUGAUCCUGUUUACUUGUUUCUUACCUCAACUUCCCAAAAUACCCCUCACCUACACCCUGCUGCCGCACAUUUUUCAUAUCCUUUAUGGUCAAUCCACUCUAUUUUUUCUUUUUCAUUUCCAUUUCUUCCCCCUUCUAUAUACUCCUCAUUCAGCACUAUUAUAAUUUACCAGUGCUUAGUUUAAGCUUAAAGCACAAAACACGACAGGAGCGGCAACAAAAAAAAAAAAGACAAAACAGCGCCGUUUUGAGUGUGAGACAGUGAGAGUGAGAGUGUUUUGGAGAAGGAGAAAUCAAAUCAAUGGAAGGGGGGAAUAGGGCGGAAGCGGAGCGGUGGCUGUACACGGCCAACAAGCUCCUGAGUGCACGUGACCUGCAUGGAGCUCGGUCAUUCGCCAUCAGGGCCCGCGAGUGUGACCCACGCUUCGAAGUCACAGAGCUACUUCUCACCGUAAUCGACACCCUCGUGGCCGGCGAGGCCAGGAUCAACGACCUCGUUGACUGGUACAGCAUUCUCCAGGUUAUUCGCUACUCACAUAAUCUCGACUACAUCGCCGCCCAGUACCGCCGUCUCGCUGCCAUUCUUGAUCCACACCGCAACCCAUUCGCGUUCUCCGCCUACGCCUUCUCCCUCGUCAACGACGCAUGGUCUGUACUCUCAAACCCUUCCAAGAAAGCAAUCUUCGAUAACGACCUCAGGCUCCUUACCGAACCUCCUCCUCCUCCUCCUUCCCAACCCGCCCCUGUUCCUAUCGUCCCUCAAGCUUUUCCAAUCUUGCAGCAGAGGCAUAAUCUCAACAACCACCAAAACAAUCAUAAUCAAAGCCACGACUUGAACCAGAACCAGAACCAGAACCACUUCCUCCACCAAAAUCCGAAUCAGAAUCAGAACCACCUCAUCAACCAGAAUCAGCAGCAGCGACAGCGUCAGCAGCAGCAGCAGCAACAACAAGAGGAGGAACGGCAAAGGCAACAACAAGAGGAAGAACGGCAAAGGCAACAACAAGAGGAGGAACGGCAAAGGCAACAACAAGAGGAGGAACGGCAAAGGCAACAACAAGAGCAAGAGCAACAGAAACGGCGAGAACAAGAACAAGCGCUGCAACUUCAACGGCAACAACAAGAGCAAGAGCAAUGGAAACGGCAACAACAAGAACAGGCGAAACUGCAACUGCAACGGCAACAGCAACAGCAGCAGCAACUGUUUUCACUGAGUAAGAACGCUAUAUCGACGGAAGCUCCCAGGGUUGUGGUGGUUGAGGAGGAGGAAGAGGAGGAGAGGCCGAGUCAGGACAAUGUGACUCAGCUGACUGAGCCAACUCGGCCGGCUAGGGCUACUGAGUCGAUUGAAACCGAGCUGAAUGGAGCUUUCUGGACUGCGUGCCCUUACUGUUACGGUUUGUUUGAGUAUCCGAAGGUGUACGAGGAGUGUACCUUGCUGUGCCAGAGCUGCCGGAGGCCUUUCCAUGCGUUGGCGGUGAGGUCGCCGCCGGAGUUGACCGGGAAAGACGGGUUCAUGUCCUUCUGCAGUUGGGGUUUCAUGCCGCUAGGGUUUUCUGGUGAUUUCAAGGAUAUAAGUGGUUCUGCUUCUCAAUGGAACCCUUUCUCUGCUUUGGUUCCUUGUCCUCUCAAAGGUGCUGACAGAUGGAGACAUCUGAGAGGGCCUUGGGCUUACUAUGAUGAUGAGGCUGCCGCCGCGUUUGUCGAGCAUUCCGAUACGACGGAAGAUGAUUCUGACGAUGAGGAUUGGAGGAAUAUUAAUGCGAAUAAGAAGGUGGGGAGGAAAAGAAGAAGAAGAAGGAAUAGGAAGAGUUCUGCCACCACUGCUGGUGGCAAUGCAAGCACACCAGUGGAGAGGCCUAGGAGAGGGGUUCGUAACCGUUCUGGCAAUGCUGGUGUGGAAAAUGGUGAGGCUGUUGGUGCUGACUCUGCAGCAGUGCCCAUUGCAGCUAGGCUAGAAUCUGGCAAGAAAGCUGCAUUGGCAAGUUUGAGGAGGAGGGGUGCUGGUAAUUUGGGGAAGUUGGAUCUGAAUGUGGAGUUUAGUAAUGAUGUGGAAGAGACUGCCAAUGGAGUACGCGAUAGGGCGAAUGCAGGUGGGCCGGGUAAUGCGGAGGAUAACAUUGAAGGGAUUGGGUUCUUUGAAGGGCUUGAUGAGUUCUUGAGCAGCUUGCCUAUUCUCAAUGCUGUUGCAGAUGAUAAGGUUAAGGGUCAUUAGUCUUUCAGUGACUUUUUUUUUUGUUUAGUUAUUAUUGUAGACUUUUGGUAUGGUUGGUACUCAUGCUGAACUUUUGUGAAUUCUGGUUAUGUUAGUCUAUAAUAACUUCAGCAAUACCUCCUUAUUUUUGUUUUGACCUGUUUGAGGAGGAUGACUUAAUUUUGUGUAGAUUCUGCAUGUUUUUUUGGGAAGCAUAUAAUGCUCAUUGGAUUUUAGUUUAUUGGCAUACUAAGUACUAACCAUGGCUGUGAGCAACAUGAAUCCUUAAUGAGUUAAUGUAUCUAAGUGUUUCAUUUGGUGUUUGA